AUGGCGAGGUGGGGGGAGAUGGUGGAGGAGGAGGACGACGACGAGUACGCUAAGCUGGUCAGGAGGAUGAACCCGCCGAGAGUGGUCAUUGACAAUGACGCGUGUGACAACGCAACUGUCAUCCGGGUUGAUAGGGUCAAGAAGCAUGGAAUUUUACUGGAAGCAGUUCAAGUCCUUGUCGAUCUCAACCUCGUCAUCACCAAGGCUUACAUUUCUUCGGACGGAAAUUGGUUCAUGGAUGUGUUCAAUGUGACCGAUCAGGACGGGAGUAAGCUUCAGAACAUGGAGGUCAUUGACCAUAUUCAGAAAUGCCUGGAAUCAGACGGCUACCUUGCGCCUCCGGCAAACGGACCGAUGGGCGGCUUUGCACCACCGGCAGAAGACCAGUUCACCUCCAUCGAGCUGACCGGCGCGGACCGCCCGGGCCUCCUCUCGGAGGUGUGCGCCGUGCUCGCCGCCCUGAGCUGCAACAUCGUGAAGGCCGAGGUGUGGACGCACGACAGGCGCGCCGCCGCGGUGAUCCAGAUCACCGACGAGGCCACCGGACUCGCCAUCCACGACGUGGGCCGGUUGUCCAGGGCGCAGGAGCUUCUCUGCAACGUGAUGCAGGGCGACGGCACGUGCAACUGUGGCAGCACGGGCGUGUCUGUGGGCGCCGCACGCGCGGAGAGGCGCUUGCAUAAGCUGAUGCUGGAGGACCGCGGCGGUGGCGAGAAGGCUGUUGGCGGCGGCGAGGAGAGGGGUGGCUGUGGCAAGGCGAGGCCCAAGGCCGCCAAGGUCAUGGUGAUGGACUGCACGGAGAGGCAGUACACGGUGGUGAUCCUACGGUGCAGGGACCGGCCGAAGCUGCUGUUCGACACGCUGUGCGCGCUCAACGACCUGCAGUACGUCGUGUUCCACGGCACGGUCGACGCCGAGGGAGCCAGCAAGGAGGCCUACCAAGAGUACUACAUCCGGCACGUCGACGGCCACCCGGUGCGCUCCGACGCCGAGCGGACCCGCCUCGUCCGAUGCCUGGAGGCCGCCGUCGAGAGGCGCGCGUCCAACGGGCUGGAGCUGGAGCUGGAGGUGAGGACGGAGGACAGGAUGGGCCUGCUGUCGGAGAUCACGCGCGUGUUCCGGGAGAACAGCCUCUCCAUCAUCCGGGCGGCAAUCACGACCAAGGACGGCAAGGCGGAGGACACGUUCUACGUGUCGGACACGUACGGCAACCCCGUCGACGGCAGGACCAUUGACGCGGUGGGCGAGCAGCUCGGGCACGCCGUGCUGAGGGUGAAGCGCAGCCGCAACGACGCGUCCGUCAAGGCCGAGGCCGAGGGCGGCGCGGUGUCCGUCCUGGGCAGCCUGCUCAAGGGCUCGUUCCAGGGCCUCAGGCUCAUCAGAUCCUACUCAUAA